AGGGUCUGGCGCGCCUCGCGGGCUGAACUGCCGGAGCCGCGGACAGCACCGGCUGCGGCGGCGGGAGCUGCCCGGGCUGCACCAUGCGCGAGCUGGCCAUCGAGAUCGGGGUGCGAGCCCUGCUCUUCGGGGUCUUCGUUUUUACAGAGUUUUUGGAUCCAUUCCAGCGAGUUAUCCAGCCGGAAGAGAUCUGGCUCUAUAAAAAUCCUUUGGUGCAAUCAGACAACAUACCGACUCGCCUCAUGUUUGCAAUUUCUUUCCUCACACCCUUGGCUGUUAUUUGUGUGGUGAAAAUCAUCCGACGAACAGACAAGACUGAAAUUAAGGAAGCCUUCUUAGCGGUGUCCCUGGCUCUUGCUUUGAAUGGAGUCUGCACAAACACUAUUAAAUUAAUAGUGGGAAGACCUCGCCCCGAUUUCUUUUACCGCUGCUUUCCAGAUGGAGUGAUGAACUCGGAAAUGCACUGCACAGGUGACCCAGACCUGGUGUCAGAGGGCCGCAAAAGCUUCCCCAGCAUCCACUCCUCCUUUGCCUUUUCAGGCCUUGGUUUCACGACGUUCUACUUGGCGGGCAAGCUCCACUGCUUCACUGAGAGUGGACGGGGGAAGAGUUGGAGGCUCUGUGCCGCCAUCUUGCCCUUGUACUGUGCCAUGAUGAUCGCUUUGUCCCGCAUGUGUGACUACAAACACCACUGGCAAGAUUCUUUCGUCGGUGGAGUGAUUGGCCUCAUUUUUGCCUACAUUUGCUACCGACAGCACUACCCUCCUCUGGCCAACAUGGCAUGUCAUAAGUCCUACGUUAGUCUCCGAGUCCCCACCUCGCUGAAGAAGGAGGAGAGGCCCACGGCUGACAGUGUGCCCAGCGUGCCUCUCGAGGGGGUCACAGAGGGCCCCGUAUGAUGUGUGUCUAAGGAGGCUGGACCCUGUUCCACCCAACGCCAUCCUCAGUGGAAAAGGUUUUCUGUAACGCGUUUCUCAUCCGUUCCUCAAAGCCCUGUCCUCCCAUCUACUGCUUCCAUUGUGCCAAUGGUGUUCCUCCCACUCUUCCUAUCUCCUUUCAGCAUUUUUGAAUUUGCAGGGUUAGGACACCAGGAUGGAUCUCUUGAGAGAUAGAUACGGGGAAGGAGGCUGUCGGGGUGGGGUGGGCAGAGCUGGGCCAAUUCCUCCAUCUGAAAUAUCUGCUGUAGC